AUCAGAGCAAGAGAGGAAAAAUAUCUCGUCUUGUAAGGGAAUUUUCGAAGAGCUUGUCCGAAUUUCAGGGGACGCGACGAAUCGAAUAAGCGGAAGCAAUGUUCAGGAAUCAGCUGUUUUCACUCUCUGCGUCAACCAACAAUCUCAGUUUUGCUUUCGCGCCUUUCUCUGUCGUUCAGACACAUCCAUUUUCUCCCCAAAAGCGUAAUCUUCCAGUCCUUGCUGCCGCGUCUCACAAUUCGGACGACGUCUCCGGUGCAAGUGGCGGUUCCUCCGGUGAUGACGGCGGAGUCGCGGUGGCGAAGGGGUCCGGCACGACGGCGAGAGGGAGGAGACUCCUCAAGGUUCGGGAAGAGAAGAGGAAGCGCGAAUACGAUCGUCUCCACAAUUACCCUUCUUGGGCCAAAGUAUUGGAGAAUGCGUGUAAAGAGGAUGAAGAGCUUCGAGCUGUUCUUGGCGAUAGUGUUGGGGAUCCAGAGCUCAUGAGAAAAAAAGUUGAAGAAAGAGUGAGGAAGAAGGGAAGAGAUUUCCAAAAGCAGAAGACUGGUUCGGUGCUUGCUUUCAAAGUUAGCUUCCGAGAUUUCAAUCCCGUUGACUCGUUUAUAUGGUUUGAGCUCUAUGGAUCACCAUCUGAUUGCGAUGUUGACCUUAUCGGGAGUGUUAUUCAAGCAUGGUAUGUUAUGGGGCGAUUGGGUGCUUUCAAUACAUCGAACUUGCAGUUAGCAAAUUCAUCAAUGGAGCAUGAUCCUCUCUACGACGCAGAAAAGGGUUCCAAGGUGAUGCCAUCAUCGUUCCAUGAUAUCAGUGACGUCGAGUUUCAGGACAAUUGGGGUCGUGUUUGGAUUGACCUAGGUACUUCUGAUAUAUUUGCCAUCGAUGUACUUCUAAACUCCUUGACAGUUCUGAGUUCAGAGUACUUGGGCAUUCAACAAGUAGUAUUCGGGGGACGAAGAAUGGGAGAUUGGGAAGAGGGCAUGACGGAUCCUGGUUUCGGGUACAAAUACUUCAAGAUCUAAUGCAACAGUAACCAACAGAACCAUUCGCCUGUAACAAUGUCUGAAAUGAGCUUCUGUUUUUUGGUCUGAUAUCCAAUGUCAUUUACUUUUUUAAGUAGACCAGAUGUUUGGUUCAUGAGAACACAGAACCGAACACUUCUUGUAUGCCAUUAGCAAAACACAAAUCCAGCAAAUGCAGAAAUACAUACACUCUUGCUCUA